CUUCCCGCUCCGGCGCGCCGGCGUCUCCCAGCCCCACCGGCUCUGGGCUGAGGCCGCGCCCCAAGGCCGCCGGCGGCGCCUUCAGAGUGUGGCGAGACGCCAGGCCGUCGGGCGGGGAGCGCGCAGGUGCAGGGUCAGGAGGCGCGGGCAGCGCCGCGCCCCGGGUAGCUCCUCGCCGCCCACCUGACGCAGCGAGGGCCGGUCCCGGCCCGCCGCUCCCCGCGGAGCCCGACUUCGCUCCCGCAGUCGUGGGUCUCGCAGAAGCGUCGGGCUCCCACUGGGGCGCAGAAGCAGCUCAGGUGUGCGUGGCGCCUUAGCGGUGCGCUGUCCCGGAGUCCGUGUCCGUUUCGGGGUGAGGGUGGUGGUCUCACCAGCUCAGACCCGAAGGUGGAGGCCGUUUUUCCUCGUUUUCCUCUGGGGUCGUGGUUCCUUGGGCACGGCGUGCCGUCCGGUGGGGAAGAGGAGCGGGCGUGACCCUGGCCUGUUCUGAAGGGCCCAGCCUUGCGCUGAAUGGCAGCACCCCCACUGGGCCGUCUGGUGUGGACCCACAUGCUGGUAGCCCUCUUUGGCAUGGGCUCCUGGGCUGCCAUCAACGGGAUCUGGGUGGAGCUGCCCGUCGUGGUGAAGGACCUUCCAGAGGGUUGGAGUCUCCCGUCAUACCUGUCUGUGCUUGUGGCGGUGGGGAACCUGGGUCUGUUGGUGGUGACCCUGUGGAGGCGGCUGGCCCCGGGCAAGAGCGAGCGGGCUCCCAUCCAGGUGGUCCAGGCACUGAGCAUAGCGGGCACAGCCCUGCUGGCCCCCCUGUGGCACCAUGUGGCCCCAGUCACAGGGCAGCUCCACUCCGUGGCCUUCCUAACGCUGGCCUUGGUGCUGGCACUGGCAUGCUGUGCCUCUAACGUCACUUUCCUGCCCUUCUUGAGCCACCUACCACCUCCUUUCUUGCGCUCCUUCUUCCUGGGUCAGGGCCUCAGUGCCCUGCUGCCCUGCGUGCUGGCCCUUGUGCAGGGCGUAGGCCACUUUGAAUGUUUGCCAUCUCCCACCAAUGGCACCCUUCGGCUCCCCCACGACUUCCCAGAGCGUUUUCCCGCCAGCACCUUUUUCUGGGUGCUGACCGCUCUUCUGGUCACUUCGGCCGCCGCCUUCCAGGGUCUCCUGCUGUUACUGCCAACCCCGCCAUCUGUACCCACAGAGGGUCCGGGGUCUGGCCUGCGGGCGAGAGCCCCAGCGGUGGAGGAGGAGGAAGAGGCCUCACCACUGCAGGAAUCGCCGAGCCGAGCAGCACGCGCCACUCCUAGCCCAGAUGCUGAGACCCAGCGGCUGCUCUCUGUCCAAGGAGCCUGCCUGUUGGGCCUGCUGGCCAUCACCAACGCGCUGACCAAUGGUGUGUUGCCUGCGGUGCAGAGCUUUUCCUGCUUGCCCUAUGGCCGUCUGGCCUACCACCUGGCCGUGGUGCUGGGCAGCGCUGCCAGCCCCCUCGCCUGCUUUCUGGCCAUGGGCGUGCUCUGCAGGUCUCUGGCAGGGCUGGGUGGUCUCUCUGUGCUGGGCAUGCUCUUUGGGGCCUACCUGAUGGCACUGGCAGUCCUGAGCCCUUGCCCACCCCUGGUGGGUACCUCUGCAGGAGUGGUCCUUGUGGUGCUGUCAUGGGUGCUGUGCUUGGGUGUGUUCUCCUACGUGAAGGUGGCUGCCAGCUCCCUGUUGCACAGUGGCGGCCGGCCAGCAUUGCUGGCAGCUGGCGUGGCCAUCCAGGUGGGCUCCCUGCUCGGGGCUGUUGCCAUGUUCCCUCCCACCAGCAUCUAUCAUGUGUUCCGAAGCGGGAAGGACUGUGUGGACCAGUGUAGCUCCUAAGCCUGGGCAUACGGAGAACGUGAUGUCAGACUGAGACGCCACCGCACCCUAGUGCCCACAUCCCCAGGGGGCCUCCUGACACGUGGGCUCACUCAUGGACACCUGUACACUCCACAGCAGACGCUGGUCAGAGUGGGGACCACAGAACAGUCCCAGAGCCAGGGCCCAGCUAGGGCUGUGGGCUUGGCCCCGGAUCUGGAACUUGUGUGGGAUUUGCACAAUAAAUCACUGUUACUCCAUGGGUCCGAGUAGUUAA